GAACGACCCAGAAACAAACCAUCGGCGUGAGGUGAUCGGAGCCGGAGCAACCCCCGUCGAGCAAGGAGAAAGCGGCGAGAAGAAAGAGAGAAGGAUGGGGAAGAUGCCUGUGCGGAUGAAGGCGGUGGUGUACGCGCUGUCGCCGUUCCAGCAGCAGGUGAUGCCGGGGCUGUGGAAGGACAUCACCACCAAGAUCCACCACAAGGUGUCGGAGAACUGGAUCUCCGCCACGCUCCUCCUCACCCCCGUCGUCGGCACCUACCAAUAUGCGAUGUACUACAAGGAGCAGGAGAAGCUGUCCCACAGAUACUAAUGUGAAGAGCUCCUUCCAAUGUUGCAGCAGUUGGAAUUUCCAUGUCCUAUACUCCACCAAGAAUGAUUUAACUUUUUUGGAUCACUUCUAGUUGUACUCUUUUCCUCUUCCCAUGCAUAUGCAGUAAGUGACUUGCAAACUUAUAUUCAGGCCUCACAUGUUGGCAUUUUCUCUCACUGGAGUGAUUGUUAAAUAAAGCAGAUUAACUGGCCAUGUCACUUGGUAUUUAUCCAAUUUCUGGAAGAGUUGGUUACCGGCUGUAAUGCUUGUCAAAUGUGAUUGCUGA